GUGUCUACGGAGUCUUUGUACGGUAGUUCAAUGGCAACGUAUGCAUAGCUGGGAGGCCAAGUUUUGGUCCGGCACUUAAAAUCCUCUCUUCCCUUUUGGCAAGUGACUACUAAAUCGUGAUUUGUAAAACCUCCUGAGACCGGGCCGUAGUGAACGAGGAUAGACAAAUAGUAUCACCGUGCUAUCUUGCGUAGCCAGAAGUCAAUUUUAGACUCUUCCUGAUCCAUAAACCUUGUUUCGCUACUUGAACAUAAUACGGUACGCCUCCUGGAAAUGCUGAUCUUCGAUUUUAUUUAUUUGCUCAACGCCCUACUCGGCACCAUGUCCGGAGACUAUUUUUAUCCAUCGAUGGGGCAACCCGAUCUGCAAAUAACUGUAGAUGGAGAUCAGAUGAACGAUUGCAUCGCAACAUGUAUGUACCUGUUGAUCAGCGACAACCCAAUUGCCUGUGCGUACAGGUAUAUAACACACAUAAGCCGGCUUGUCUCAGGUUCAGUAGAUGUGUGUCGAUCUUAUGUACCUAAUAUAGUCCGGUCUCAACUAUAAAAAAACACUAAGGGUUAGGUACCUGUUAGUAAUGGAGUAAAUCCAAGCUCAUCGUUAGACAACCCAACCUAGGUACCUAUGUAAGUCUUACUGGAUGUGACAAGAGACACAAGGACAUUAUCACCUGUCUACGACAUCCAAGACACGUGUUUUUACAUACAUACCUGAUAUCUAGGUAAGUACCUAGAUACCUAACUUUAGGACAAAUGCUGGCUGAUCCAGCGAUCAUUGAAAAAAGAAAAGCCAUGUAACCGACCGUGUAGGGUAGGUACAUGAUGGAGGGUUACUUGUCCAUGCACGUUCUUUUUUGCUAUUCGUAGAGAAAUCUGACAGUC